UUCUGCUUCCAACGCCCAAGAUGUCAUUGCUUUUAAGGUCUUUUGUGUGUGGGAGGAUUGGGAUGCGAAUUUUAAUAGUGUGUGCUUAAGUGCAGAGGUCGGAGGACAACUUGUGGGAGUCAGUUCUCUCGUUCCAUCCCGGGUGACUUUGGAAUUGAGCUCAGAUCGUCAGGCUUGAUGGCAAGCUCCUUUAACCUCGGAGCCAUCUUUUCGGCCCCCAGGAUGUGCACUUAAAAUUAAGGGAAGCUUUGAUCGACGUUCAGAAGUCACCGAAACCUUUAGAACGCUCUGGGGGCACCGCGCAGGACGUCUCCAUACGAGGGCAGUGACCAUUUUGUUUCAGUGAAAGAGGACGAACACUCUAAUCCCAGAACAAAUGCGAAGACGAUUUUGACAGGUAAGGACGCCACAUCCGCGUUCCCGAAAGGACCAGUAGUCUUGCAGGGGAUCCGUAGGGCACCUACGCACCGGCGCGCUAACGCCCCGCCUUAAGGGUGAAGUCAGUUCGUGAGGGCGGAAGUGCGCCCGCCCGGAAGCUGGAGGGUGGAGCGAUGGGAAUGACGCGCAGGAGCGCCAAUGGAGUGCCACGGCGGGCUUGUUGUCUUACCCCGGUGGGUAAGGGCUAACGGUUUCCGGUAGUGGUAGCCCCCCCGAGAGGUGGAGCAAAGAGGCGGGGACGCGUCCCGAAAGCCCGGACCCCUGCAGCGCCUGCGAGAUGAUGGGCUACGAGGCGUCCGAGUUGGAGUCUAUGGAGGGCGAAGAGGCCGUGGAGGCCCCGGGACCAGCCCCGGAGCCGCGAGCCCCGGAGCCGCGAGCCCCCGAGCCGGAGCCCGAGCCGGGCUUGGACUUGAGCCUGAGUCCGAGCCCGUUGCCCGAGAGUCCGGAGCGGCGGGGCGGCAGCCCGGGACGGCGGAGGGGGCGUCGGGGCGGCAGCCGGAGGGGGCGGCAGGUGAGCAGCGGCGAAGCCCCGGACCCCUGCUCGCCUAGCGUCCGGGACUCGGCCGCUCACCGUUCCGCCCUCUACUCCCAGGUUCGUUUUCACCUGGCGCCGUCCUCCCCGGUGCGGUCCGAGCCGCUGCUCGCCUCCGGUGCACCGAGCGACGAUUCCGCGGCGCCGCACGAGCUGGAGGCGCCGGCCCUGCAGAGCAGCCUGGCUUUGAGUCUGGAGCUGCAGCAUGCGCGCGCCGCCGUCGCCAGCGGCCAGUUUGAUGCCUCGAAGGCGGUGGAGGAGCAGCUGAGAAAGUCGUUCCAGACCCGCUGCGUCCUGGAGGAGACCGUGGCGGAGGGGUUGAACGUGCCGCGCUCUAAGCGACUCUACCGAGACCUAGUGAGUCUGCAGGUGCCGGAGGAGCAGGUUCUGAACGCGGCGCUGAGGGAGAAGUUGGCGAUGCUGCCGUCGCAGCCCCGAGCCCCGCCCCCGAAGGAGGUCCUCGGGCAGGGGCCAGACAUGACCAUGCUGUGCAACCCAGACUCUCUCUGUUACGAAUCUCCGCACUUGACAGUGGACGGGCUGCCCCCGUUAAGGCUUCAAGCCCGGCCCCGCCCUUCAGAAGAUACCUUUCUCAUGCAUCGGAUGCUGAGGCGCUGGGAAGCGUAGCCCCCACAACUCCCCGUAUUUGCCAGUCUGUACUUUCGUUAAAACUGUUUCAUCAUAGAAUAAAGUUUUUCUUUUUCUUUUUUUUCUUUUUAAA